CCCCCCCUAAAUGAAUUUAGAGUACUAGCUCGGGCUCUCGCCCUCUUCCUCCGCUUUCCUUCUAUCCAAAACCUCAUUGACGCACCGAACUACUCUGCCCUUUUCUCCAAACAGCAUCACUUCACGGAGCCAGUGCAGACCGAGCAGCCUCACAGCAAGCCAUUAUGACCGAGCAGUACGACUCAAACCAGGCUUUCUCGCAUAUCUCACCACAGCAAAAAAUGGAGACUCCUGCCCAGGCCAAGGAGUCGAAGUGGAAUAACGACGCCCACAUGGCCCUUUGCGGGGCGUUGGCUGAGGUGAUGGCCAUGAAUAAUGUGCUGGUCUCCAAGCAUAGAGAUGUUGUCAUUGGCUUCCUGGAGGCCAAGGGUCUUGACUUCACGUGGGAGGGUAUUCGAAAAACUUCCCUCCGUCACCACGUCUCUCUGCGGCUUUCUGCCUACCUUUCUCGACUCCCCCUUGCCGUCAAUAAAGCUAUACACGAUGCCUUCAUGCACUUGGGACGACCAUGCCAACAUGGACCUGAUGAUCGCCAUGUAUACGGCGUUCCAGCCUUUCUUGGACCGAGAGAUCCAGGGAAAGAUCGUGGAGCUCAUGAAGGAGCGCGACCACGAAACCAACUGGGAUAGUAUCCGGUACGGUAUCCUAUCUUGCUGCUACCCCCCUUAUCUCGCGUCUAGAUUUGAAUCACUAUCUGACGCCCCGUGCUUGACCUGUGCCCUUGUUUGCUCCGGGCAGCUUCGUUGCGGAGACGGUCUGGAGGCUGCGUAGUUCGCAGUUGAUAAGGACCACCU